AUGGCAUACAAGGCAGAUACCAAGACGACGUUCGAAGCGAGCCGAGUGAUACAACCGAUAUACACUGGAGGCGGUGUUGCCCUCAGUCAGAAUGGCCGGAUCCUUGCGUCUACAUUGGGAGAGGAGGCCCUUCUCACAGACCUCAAUACCGGAGCACAUCUCGCACGCAUAGAAGGAGAUGGUGAACCGUUGACUACGCUGAGCAUCACGCCUGAUGCAUCGUACCUGAUAGCAUGUUCGCGAUCGCUUUCGAUGCGCAUAUAUGCGCUACAACAAUCUGGCCAAGAUCUGGAGUAUGAGCCGCAUCUGCUCAGAACGCUCAAGCCACACACAACGCCUGUAGUCACCAUCGCCGUCGACUCUACGGGUUCACUGUUAGCCACUGGAGGAGCAGAUGGACAGAUCAAAGUGUGGGACAUCCGCGCUGGUUUUGUGACACACACAUUCCACGGCCAUAGUGGUGUCAUAUCGGCUCUCCACUUCUUCGAGGUUGAUCCAGAGGCGGAACAGCAGCCUGCCAAGAGCAAGAAGCGAAAGAGUCGGCAACAGGAUGAGGAACCUGAAGAAGCUCAGAACCAAGCAACAGCAGGCUAUCGACUCGCGUCUGGAGGCGAAGACGGCAAGAUCAGAAUAUGGGAUCUGCACAAACGAAAGAGCGUUGCGCUUCUUGAUUCCCAUGUAUCGGUAGUGAGAGCUCUGGAUUACUCUCCUCAUAAGAAGGUCCUGCUCUCAGCCAGCAGAGACAAGACUGCUAUACUUUGGGAUUCUCGGACAUGGCAGGGCGUAUCGACCGUAGCUGUUUUGGAGACUAUCGAGACAGCUGGCUUCGUCGAGAGUGGAGAAUUCUUUUGCACUGGUGGCGAGACGGCAAGGUUGAGGAUAUGGAGCACGAUCAAUGGCAGCGAAAUCACCGAGGACCAGGAAGCAGGCGCGGAAAUCGAGAGCAUCUUGGAUGUGCUAUAUUAUCCCGGGCUAUCCUUCCUGCUCACAGUUCACGCAGAUCAAAGUCUGAUCUUGCGCUCAAUCGAGCCCCUUUCUGACGAUAAAUCUACCCCGAAACGGAUUGAACCACUACCUGUCAUACGACGAAUCAGCGGAACUCAUGACGAAGUCAUUGAUCUCGCAUACAUCGGCAGGAGACGAAACUUGAUGGCGUUGGCGACCAAUCUCGAAGACAUCAGAAUCAUAUCGCUCGAAGCUGGGGCUGGCGAAUCAAGCUCGACAUCGCCAUACUUCGGCGCAGAUGUGGCCUUACUCAAAGGACACGACGACAUCAUUAUCACCAUAGACACCGACUGGUCAGGCCAUUGGCUUGCAACAGGAGCUAAAGACAACACUGCGAAGCUUUGGCGACUCGAUCCAGAAAACGACUCGUACAGUUGCUUUGCGACAUUCACUGGUCAUGCUGAGAGUAUUGGCGCAGUAGCACUUCCCAACGCCUCGCCUCCCGUUGGAUCGAAAGAAUAUGAGAGUCCACUCGACUAUCCACCCAAGUUCCUGGUCACAGGAAGUCAAGACAAGACCAUAAAACGAUGGGAUAUCUCACCCUCAGCCGGCAAGGCUCCACGAGCUGGAUACACCAGGAAAGCUCACGACAAGGACAUUAAUGCCAUCGAGACCUCGUACUCCACCACGACUCCACUCUUCGCCUCUGCAUCACAAGAUCGCACUGUCAAGAUCUGGCAUGUCGAAUCCGGCGAAGCCAUCGGUGUACUCAGAGGACACAAGCGAGGUGUGUGGACCGUUGCAUUCUCUCCACCCUCGGUGCCUGCCCUGACGACAACCGGCGAAGGUGGUGCAGCAAGUACGGCAAGAGGUAUGGUGGUUACGGGAAGUGGAGACAAGACCGUGAAAAUCUGGAAUCUCAGUGACUACAGCUGCUUGCGAACGUUUGAAGGACAUGCAAACAGCGUGCUAAAGGUCGUAUGGUUACCAGCACCGAAACAGAAGGGCGAUCGAGGGGUUCAGGUUGCAAGUGCUGCUGGUGACGGCUUGGUGAAGGUCUGGGAUGCUCAGAGCUCUGAGUGUGCUGCGACAUUGGACAAUCACAUUGACCGAGUGUGGGCACUAGCUGUACGGCCAGAGCCUGUACUGGAUGCCGAAGAACGGGCGCAGCAAGAGACUAACAUGGAGGAAGAUGACGGAGAGAGGGAUCCUGCGACCGACUCAAAGGUGGAACUUGUCUCUGGCUCAGCAGACAGCACGCUUACAUUCUGGACGGACACAACAGCACUCACAGCACUGCAGUCUACGCAACAAGCGACGCAACGAAUCGAGCAAGACCAAGAGCUGCAAAACCACAUUCGAUCGAACAAUUACCGCGAAGCCAUCGUGCUUGCACUGCAGCUCAAUCAUCCAAAACGCUUACUUGAAAUCUUCAAGAGCGCAAGCGACGGUACACGAGAUCCCGAGAGCUUGACGGGAAAUCUUCAAGUAGAUGAGGUUAUCGGCACGCUGAGCGAAGGACAGCUCUGGAGUCUCCUGCGAAGGAUCCGAGACUGGAAUGCCAAUGGCCGGACUCAUCACGUCGCGCAGCAAGUACUGUACGCGAUCCUUCGAACGUAUCCCAAGGAGAAACUGCUGGCUCUCAACCGUCGCCGGAAAGCAGCUCCAACGAAUGAUGAUGAGGCCCUGACAGGCGCCAUGGCUGAGCUCAGCACGAAGGAAAAGAUCCAAAGCAAGGAAAGUGUGAAGGACGUGCUUGACGCUUUGAAAGCGUACACCGACAGGCAUUAUGCUCGCCUGGAGAAGACGAGCGAGGAGCGGUUCGUGCUACAAUGGGCAUUAGGGCAGAUGGACGAUGUCAGCGGCGAGAUCGGCAUGCUCACGAAUGCUCAUGCUAAUGGACAUGUGGAAGAGGACGUCUUGAUGCUCAAUGAUGUGUAA